CGAGUCUCGGUGCCGCUAAGUUUUGUCCUGGUCAGUGUCCCGUUCGCCAUGGUGAGAGGAAGGACAGUGAUGGGCAUUUAUGCCUUUGUUAUAAUUAAGUGGUGUUAUCAAAACAACUAAGGACAACGGGAACCAUAAGAUACAGGAUGCAGUGGACCGUAUUGGCGUGGUUUUGUGGUCUUCUCGUGGUCUCCCUGGCGGAAGAGAAGGCGCAGGAAGAGAAGAUGGAAGAAUCAGACCAAAACGGCAGAUUUAUCGCAAAAAUUAAAACGAGGACUCGACUUCUCUUCACCACUGACACCACGACAGUCCCCUACACCUGCGCUACCUUCAGCUCGGCCGUGUGUAGGCGUCGGCGAAGGUUCCAACGCCAGACGAUAGAAGACCUCGAGGAAAAAUUAGACGACAGUCCAGUGGAGUUAUUCAGUGGGCAGCAACUAGAUGACGUACCAGUUGACGAGCAGAGAAGGAAGCGCCUCGGCAUCACAAUUCUCGGCACCGUAACCACCACAACCUUCACGCUCACAUCCACCUCCACCAACAGCGCCACCACCUUCUCAGUCUCGUACUUCUGCUCGGCGCCCAACGUUGUGUUCCCUCCAGGUUGUUAGUGAGUGGGAG